AACCUUGUUCUCCACCCACAGCAACCCACCAUGCUUACAAAGAAUUUGUCCUUCACCAUGGACUACAUGUACUACUGCCUUGCUUUCUUCCUCUCCAGCUUUCUUCUAUUCAAACUUGUAUUCCAACGUUCCCGCAACUUACCACCAAGUCCUUUCGGUUUUCCGAUCAUAGGCCAUCUCCACCUUGUCUCGAAGCCACCAAUGCAUAAAGUGCUAGCAAUUCUUUCAAAUAAAUGCGGUCCAGUUUUUACUCUUAAAUUAGGCAGCAGAAACAUUGUUGCUGUUUGUUCUUUAUCAGCUGCUGAAGAAUGUUUCAUCAAGAAUGAUAUAGUUUUUGCCAACAGGCCUCAGAGCAUAUUUGUCCAUUAUUGGAGCUACAACUACGCUGCCUUUUUAUUCGCUCCGUAUGGCCAUCUCUGGCGGGCUCUGAGGCGUUUCUCGGUCACUGAACUGUUUUCUCGAAGCUGCCUCGAUAGGUCUACUGCCAUUACCGAAGAAGUCCGCACCCUUGUCCGCCUGAUUCUGUCCAAAGUCUCUGAUGAUGGAGCCAAGAAGGUGGACUUGAAUUAUUUCUUCACAGUCACCUCUCUCAAUGUAAUUAUGAAGAUGAAUGCUGGAAAGAAGUGGGUGGAAGAGGAGAAAGCUGCCUGUAUCGAUUCAGGAAAGCAGUGUAUUGAGGAUGUCCAAAAGAUAUUCCCUUCAAAUCCAGCGACCCCCUUGUUGGAUUUUUUUCCAUAUUUGAAAUGGUUUGGGUACAAGGGGGAGGAGGAGAGUGUGAUAAAGGUGUACAAAGAGAGGGAUGAAUUCUUGCAGGGCUUGAUAGAAGAGGUGAAACGAAAGGAAACAAGUUCAGUUACAAGUAAUCCUGCUGAAGGAGUGAAGGAUCAGACAACUGUGAUUGGAAGUCUAUUGGCCCUCCAAAAAUCAGACCCUGAAUUGUAUACGGAUGAAGUUGUCAAGGGUACCAUGGCGACACUCUAUUUGGCAGGAGUAGAUACAGUAGAUUUCACUACGGAAUGGGCAAUGACAUUUCUGCUGAACCAUCCAGAGAGAUUAGAGAGGGUGAAAGCGGAGAUUGACAGGGAAGUCGGACAGGAGCGCCUGGUACAAGAGUCUGAUCUUCCCAAGCUAAGAUAUGUCCGUUGUAUCGUUAAUGAGACCCUUCGUUUGUAUCCUCCAGCCCCACUUUUGCUGCCUCACGCACCAUCUGAAGACUGCAUCGUAGGUGGAUACAAGAUACCACGAGGCACGAUUGUGAUGGUGAAUGCAUGGGCCAUACAUAGGGAUCCCAAGUUGUGGGAAGAUCCUGAGGGCUUCAAGCCGGAGAGAUUUGAAGGUCUUAAUAAUGAAGGGGAAAAACAAGGAUUCAUCCCUUUCGGUAUUGGGAGAAGGGCUUGCCCUGGAAAUCACAUGGCCAUGCGCAGGGUGAUGUUGGCAUUGGCUGCGCUUAUUCAGUGCUUUGAAUGGGAAAGAGUCGGGCAGCAACUGGUAGAUAUGAGCAUAGUAGAUGCUCUUAUCUCUGUACAAAAGGCUAAGCCUUUGGAGGCUUUUUGUACUCCUCGUCCUUUCACAACUACUCUCAUCUCUCCACCCUAAUCCCAACUGUGGCUUUCUACGGAACCAUUUCUAUUUGGAAUUGAACUUCCGGGUCAACAGAACUAUCUCUAGUAGGAAAUAAAAGUUCGAAGUCUACUUUGCUUUGUAAUCCAAUCCCGAACUAGUUACUUAUUAAACUUAUAAUGAAUAACGAUCCACGUCAAAAA